CAGAAGAGGCAGCGCCAUGGCGCUUCUCUUGCUCCACGCCUUGCUGUUGGCAAACGCAACUGCGGCAAUAGCCGCGGACAACGCAACAGGCGACGGCGGCAACUCCACCACGUCUCCGGUUCUGUGCGACGGCGCGGAGUGCGAGCCGCCGGCGCAGCCGCUGCCGAUCUACGGCUACCCUCCGCCUGCGCCGUCGCUGCCGUCUGCACCACCGGCACCGCCAUCGGCCCCAGGCUCGCAGACGCCGUGCCCGCCGGUGGCCGUUGUCUGCUGCGGCGGCGCCGGGGCCACUGGGGGGCAAUACAUGCCCCAGCAACCGAACUACGCGCCUCCGACCGGCUACCUGCCUUACUACAACCCCUCUGCUUCGGCGCAUGUGCUACUUUCUCCUGUUACUGCUGGUUACUACGUGACGGUAGCUUGUCUCGUGUUCCUAUGGGUUGUGGUGUAG